UUCCUUCACAAUUAUUGUAGUACUUGUUGAAAUAAAAUAAUUCCAAAAUGCCAAGGGAACUAAAUAAAUACAUUUUACCCAACGGGACACUCUUCAAAAUCCAGAUUGAGCAAGUCAAAUCGAAUGAUUUAAUUGCAAAAAAAUUUGAAAAUGAAAUAGAAGCAGAAAACGAAGUAAUUUGUGAUAAGCAGAUGGAAAAAUCAACAGGAAAAGAUUACAAAACUCCUGAGCUGUCUGAUAUUAAUGGUGGAGUUGAAACUGCAGUAAUUAAAGAUAUUAUAACUGAGAGGAAGCUUAGGAAGGCAAAAUUUAAUAAGCUCCUCGACGAGCACCAGGAACUAGUGGAACAGAUAAAGAAAAUGGAAAUGAAGUCUAAUCACUCCGCCCAGCCCAGUAAAUAAUAUGUAUAUAAUUUUAGUAAAUCAUCGUCCUUUGUUUAUAUUUAUAUAAAGAUAAAGGAAUAUUAAUAAACUAUAAACUCAUAACAAACUCAUAUAAAAACUC